CUUUCGUUUUCUUCUCCGUGCUCGCGUAAAGCGCUGGUCUGCUUUCACCUUCCUUCAAGCGGCUCAGCCUGUCCUUCCUUCGCUCCGGGUACAAGGCUCAGCAUUCCCUUACUGUACUAUUAUCAUUUGUAUUACCUCAAGGCGGGCCUUCGAUUCUACAGCCGGACUGGUCUUUACUUUUCCAUCAUAUCAUCCGACACUCACUAGCUCACUGCCGCCGCGCGCCGGGAACUUUACGUCCCACCCGAUAGGGAAAGAAGAAGGGAAGAAAAAGGCGACUCAAAGAUUUUUGAAAGGCACACUCGGCAUCAACAACAAUGCCUUCGUUCAGGAAGACUCUUGGGAUUGCAAUGGCGGGUCUGGCGGCCGUCUCAUCGGCACUACCAGCGCUUCCAAAGUUGAGCAAGGACCAGAUGAGGAUAUACGAGCACGCAAAGCGUCAAAAUGAGGCUGCGGCGGCGCUGGGUCUUAACGAUAUCGACAUCCUGCAAUUUGCACUCACGCUCGAGUGGCUUGAAGCGACCUUUUACCAGCAAGGGUUCGCCAAGUUCCCAGCAACCGAUUUCCAAGCGCUCGGCCUCGACCAGCAACAGAUCGACGCCCUCCUCAAGGUCGGCAAGACAGAACAGGAGCAUGUCGUGCUCCUGCAGAGCGCCAUCGCCCAGGCAGGCGUCCAGCCCGUGCAGCCGUGCACCUAUAAAUUUGGCUUCACCGACGCCGCCGGCAUGGUCGCUACGGCCGCCGUUCUCGAGAACGUUGGCGUAUCCGCCUACCUCGGCGCCGCCGCCCUCCUCUCGUCCGGUUCCAUCCUCACCACCGCCGGCUCCAUCCUCACCGUCGAGGCCCGCCACCAGACCUUCAUCCGGGCCGCCUCGGGCAGCAUCCCCGUACCCCAGGCCUUCGACACCCCGCUCUCGCCCCGCCAAGUCUUCUCCCUCGCCGCCCCCUUCAUCGAGAGCUGCCCGGAGGGCUCCAACCUCAUCCUGACCGCCUUCCCCGCGCUCGCCAUGCCCGAAGGCGCCUCCCCCAAGGCGGUCGCCGCGGGUGCCACCGUCCAGCUGCGCAGCGACGCCGCCGCCUCGGCUACCCACUGCGCCUUCACCACCGGCGGCAUCCCCGGCGGCACCACUUUCACCCCCUUCGACCAGGCUGCCGGCUGCGUCGUACCCGAGGGCCUGGCCGGCAUCACCUACGUCAACCUGGCCAGCGCCGCCCCGCUCAACGGCGUGCUCACCGACGACAUCAUCGUGGCUGGGCCCAUGGUGAUGCAAGUCUCGUAACGCGGCGCCGCCUGGCCAAGCUCCUAUUUCUCUCGUUCUCUCUCUCUCUCCCCCUCUCUCUCUUCUAUUUCUUUAAUUCCACUUUGCCCAGACGAGAAAAGACAGGACGUUGGGGUUGUACUAGAUGACUCGAGUCUGGUCUGGCUGGGGUUUGGCGGUGUUCUUGCUUUUCGCCUCCAUGCUUCUUGUAAGACGGUUUCCUGAUAGACCCAAGUACUUCGUACUAGGCCCUUCUGGAUCAGGCCCCAUCAACGAAGAUCUCAACAAUCUUGACCUCGCUAUCAGCCCUCAAAUCUUUCGUUGACUGUCACCAAUUGGGCUGUGUUGCUCGCCAACCUGCCUGCACGAUGUCUCUGUGUACCUCGGACGCGCAUGUAGCUUCAGCAGAGGGCGUUAGGAUGGGAUUUUUUGCUUUUUUCCUCUUUCUCUUUAUUCUUCACCAAUGUGGCCAUUGGCCCUAGUUGUUUUCUGAAUUAUCCGGAGAGAGGAUGGGAUUGAUGAUGGAUACCCGCCAUGGUUGAAAGGGGAGAGAAGGAAAUAAAGGGGGUUGCAGUAAAAAAAGUGCACGGCCCCUACGCGGUCUCGGUUCACGGUGAUGGUAUAGUAGAAGUUCAAAUAUACUUGGAUCGCCUCCUGGCUGUAGCGCCUUG